CGUGACGACGGACUCAUGUUUACCAGAAAAGACGAUUAUACCCUCACUAAUCUGCGUCGCUUUUACGCUCCUCUCCUUUUAUUUUGGUCUCGGUACGCUCCUCCCUCUCGAUAUCGGGCGCCACAAAUUAAAAAAAAAAUAAAAAACCCUAAUCCCCAAAUUUUUCGAUUUUUCCUUUCGCGGAAAAAGUUCGUUGAAAACCCUAGAUUGAAUCUCACGUUUUCGUUUCCGCUGAUGGCGAGCGCGGCACGGGGAGAGAGCAGCAACCACCCCUACUACGGCGGCGGGUUAGGAGCCGGCGGAAAGUUCCGGAAACCGCCGGCGAGAAGGUCUCAGAAAACUCCGUAUGAUCGACCAUCGACCUCUGUGAAGAACCCUAGAAAUGGGAUCGGAGAAGACAGAGGCUGGUUGUCGAAAUUGGUGGAUCCGGCUCAGAGGGUUAUUACGUAUAGCGCUCAUAGGCUCUUCGCGUCUGUGUUUCGGAAACGCCUCGUCUCAGGUGAGACGCCUUUACAGUCUCCGGAGCAGAAGCAGUUUCCAGAAAGAGAUGUGAUGCAGGAGGCUAAGGUUGGACACAGGGAGAAUACUUCUGCUUUGUCCAUGAAAAAUGAUGUGAUUCGGGUACACGAAGCCAAUGGAUUAGGCAAUCCAAGCAAGGAUGGAUUUACAGAUCUUGAGAAAGUUUUGAAGGACAAAACUUUUACAAGAUCUGAAGUUGACCGAUUAACUACCCUGAUACGUUCGAAAGCUGCUGAUUCAUCCAUUGUAUACGGGGAUCACAGAAAUGAAGCGAGUGUUGCGAGAUAUCCACCACCACAUGGGAGGGAUAUGGUGCAUCCAGAUAGUGGAUUUAUGAACACCCUUGUUUCAACACCUCUUGGAAGUUCGAGGGCUCUCGAUGAGUGCAUUGCUUCGCCGGCGCAGCUUGCAAAAGCUUACAUGUGUAGCAGACCUUCAGAAGUUACUCCUAUGCUGGGGCCACGUGGUCAAACGGGUAGGGAAGAUUCUGUUUACCUGAACAGAACCCCAUUUCCGUCAAAGUCACGUACAAUGUCACUGGUACCAAAGCUUUCUGGACCAAGACCUCUGGAAAAUGGUUUCCUCACCCCUAGAUCUCUGGGAAGAUCUGCUGUUUAUAGCAUGGCCAGAACACCAUACUCUAGGCAUCAGUCCACUGUUAAGAAUGGUUCUCUUUUCCAGGCAUCUCCAACCACAUGGGAAGAAAGCUUAGCUUCUGGUUCUAGAAAAGGAUUUCAAUCGGGUCUCAAACGGAGGAGCUCAGUGUUGGAUACUGAUAUAGGAUCUGCUGGCGCUGUUAGGAGGAUUCGCCAGAAAUCCAACCUUUCAUUUAGAAGCUUGGCUCUGCCUGUCUCGGAAAGCCCACUUUCCGUUCGUGCCAGUGGUGGACAAAACAUGACGCAAACAUCGAAAGAUGUAGGGGAUAUUCCUGGUUCAAAUUUUAACCUUGUCCCUUCCACGUCGAGGGAGCUGGCUUCAAAAAUAUUGCAGCAAGUUAAUAAAAUGGUUUCACCGAAGAAGAAAUCACCAAGUAGGUUAUCACCAUCUAUGCUACGAGGCCCCGCUCUCAAGAGUCUUCAGAAUCCGGAGGCGCCAAAGUUCUUGGAUAAUCUUCCUGAGAAGAAGGCAAAUUUGCCAGGUUCUAGUCAUCAAAAGCAGGAAAAAAUUAGAGAGACUGGUGCCAGAGGGUUUUCGGGUCUGAAAGAGAAGACUGGUGAUGCUGCUGGGGACACAAGCAAAGCAGGUUCCAGUAAAGAUCACGAGACUUGUGUUAAUGGUGCUUAUUUGCCUCUCACAAGUUCUGUGGAAGAGCAUCCUCCAAAAAAACGAGCAUUUCGGAUGGUAGCGGAUGAGGAUUUUGAUGGUCAUGGGGAGCCAUCUACUCCAUUUCAAGAGGCAGAAAAACAGAAUACCUUGAAAGUGGAGAAAGAUGUUGAUAUCAGCAUGCGUAGAGGGAAGAAACCACUUAUUUCGUCUGAGGUCAUGGCCUCUACUUCAUAUAUUCCUAAUGGUGACGCCUCUCAGAGUACUUGUAAUGGAUCUCUGGAAACUGGAAGAAGCCAAUUUUCUGCUUUACCCAUUGAAGCUGUUCAGCAAAGUAAUAUGCCCUCUGAGCCAACUUCUAAGUUCAUCCAAGGGACUGAGAAGUCGAGUAUUUCUCCCGCCAAGCUAGCCUCAGAAGUGGAAGAUAUCUCUUGGGAAGAGCAUACAAAAGCUGCUGCUGUGUUUCCCAGCACCUCCUCGUCACCGGCGGCUACUGACUUACUAAAUCAAAACACGGGUCAAUCUGCAGAUAUCAAGUUAGAAAAGCCGAGCAGCUUUGCUUUUGGAAAGCCAACUGAAUUAGAGAAAACUGUUAGCAACAGUGCUUCGAGAAUCGAGUCAACUACCUCAGCUGAAUCAACCCUCAAUGGUAGUAUGUUCUCAGGCGGAGCAAACGCUAUCAGUGAACUGAGUUCGACAAACUCCUUUGCAAGCUCUAGUGGUACAUCAAGCACUUCCCCAUUUGGUACAAACUGGCAAGGUCCCAACUCUUCUCCAGCCUUUGGUUCCUCAUUCACCACUUCCUCAUCUCAAACCUUUUCAUUUGGAGGAUCUUCUGCUGCUACCGGUUCAAGCACUUCUACUCCCAUCUUUCUCAGCUCAACCGCUCCUGCCAUUCCUCAACAGUCAGUGUUUGGUAACCCUGCUCCCUCAACGACUCCGUCACAGUCUCCGUUUGGAAACUCAACACCCGGGUUUUUCCCACCACCAAAUACAAAUGGUUUCAAAAAUAACCAACACAUGAUCAUGGAAAACAGUAUGGCAGAAGACACAGAGCAAGCUAAUAAAUCAUCCAUGAUACAACAGCCAGUGUUUGGACAACAACCUGUGUCAAUGCCUCAGCUAAACUUUUCCUUUGGCGGAGCGUCAGCAACGCCGCCUCCAUCAAUGCCUAACCCGUUUCAGUUUGGAGUCCAACCUGUUGCAAGCACACAACAGAACUCAUCACUUUUCCAGGCAUCCCCCGGUCUAGACUUCCAAGGAGGUCGGAGCUUCUCACUGGGAAGCACUGGUGGCGGUGACAAGUCAGGCCGCAGAAUCUUCAAAGCGAAGAAAACCAACAGGAAGAGAUAAACACUGUGGAUCAUCGUUAUACAACAUAUUGCUCAGCCUUUUGGUCUUUUUUUUACUACCCCGUCAAAUUGGGUUCAAAGGAAUAUCGUGUCUGUCAUUUUCGUGUCAAGAGUCAGGAUUUGCCGAUUUGGGGUUAUAAUGUUCAGAUUUAUAAAGUUGUAGGAAAGUUUUGUAAUUUUCAGAAAAUACUCGAGUCUGUAGCUAUGUUGUCUAUAAAUAACGGUUUUGAGUUCUAA